CGGGAAGGGGAGGGCUGCGGCGGCGCGGACAGAGCCCGCCGGGCCCGGCGCGGGGGGCGGCGAGGUCACGUAACGGCCGCUCUCCCCGGCAUCCCGAGCGCGCGCCGCGGCUCGGAAACAGUUACCGGCUAGUAAACAACAGCUGCGCGCGCACCCGCCUCAGCUGGCGCCGGAUCCCGCACCUGCGACCUCCUCCGCCCCCCGCUCCUGCCCGGUCGGGGCCGGCGUGCUGGGCCGUCUCCUCAGCCGGGACCCCUGGGAAGACCUGCGCCCGGGCCGGGGUCGGGCAGAAGGCGCCUCCCGGAGAAACGGGGUGGCCCGCUCUGUCACGCGCCGGAGCACCCAGCGAGCCGGCCGUGGGCUCAGCGGACUAGCUGCGACCUGCCACGACCCCCGAGCUGCAGUCGGAGCUGUCCUGACCGGCUAGCCGCCUGCCGCCUGAUCCCGGGGACCUCUCUCUGCCAGAAGAGCGGGCGCGCCACCCCCGCAGACCUCCCCGAGGCACGAAUCGGCUCCGCCGUCGCAGCCUCCUCCUCCCGUUCUCCUCCAUCCAGUAGUGUCGGUUAUUUUUCCCGUUAUGCAUGUGCACCUCUCCCACCAGACCCAAGUGGAUUAUCGACCUCCAAAACACCGGGUGGCUCUGCACACUCCUCCUCCCAGCCAGACCUGUGGGGUGUUCACCUGAUACACAACAGGUGGCCGGGUGUACACCUUUUCGCAAUCCGAUCCACGCUCUAUUCACCCGGUAAAAGGGUGGGCUUGCAUCCUCCCUGCUCUGCUUAGAACUGGGGAACACUCGGCAGAUCCAGGACUGCCUACCUCGGAAGGAACUGGGGCGGAGGGCGGCGGGGUUUCUGCAGCUGCUCUGAGGCCAUGGCCCUGUGUCCCCAGCCCCGGGCCAGGGGAGACAGCUAGGUCGUGCUAAGGAAGGAUCAAGGCUACUUGACAUUGGGAUCGUUUCAGUAUUUGUUUGUUUUUUUUUCUCAAAAGGAAAAAAAAAAAGUCUUAGCUAUUGGGGUUGCACUUUUUAAGACAAUUGGCUUGAAUACUUAAUAGGAUUCUUAUUUGGGGCUCUGUGGUGUGAAGGUGAUUGAGGGUUGGUUUUUCUCUUUUUUAAGUUUUCUAUUUUUGUCAUCAAAAGUAGCUAGUGUAGGAGCAAAAUUCUUGUGAGGUUUUUCCUCUUUUGUUCUUCAAAGUAAGAAAGGAAAAUGCAUCCUCCGGAAACGACCACCAAGAUGGCUUCAGUUCGGUUCAUGGUGACACCAACGAAGAUCGAUGACAUUCCGGGCUUGUCGGACACCAGCCCGGACCUCAGUUCUCGAUCCAGUUCCCGGGUACGGUUUAGCUCCCGGGAAAGCGUGCCUGAAACCAGUCGGAGCGAGCCCAUGAGUGAGAUGUCGGGAGCCACCACUUCUCUGGCCACUGUUGCCCUGGAUCCAGCCAGUGACAGGACUAACCCCCAGGAUGUUACCGACGACCCGAGUCAGAACUCCAUCACAGGGGAGCACAGCCAGCUGCUGGAUGAUGGGCAUAAGAAAGCUCGAAACGCUUAUCUCAAUAACUCCAAUUAUGAAGAAGGAGAUGAAUAUUUUGAUAAAAACUUGGCACUCUUUGAGGAAGAAAUGGACACCAGACCAAAGGUGUCUUCUCUCCUCAAUCGCAUGGCCAAUUACACCAAUCUGACCCAAGGAGCAAAGGAGCAUGAAGAAGCAGAAAACAUCACUGAAGGGAAAAAGAAGCCCACCAAGACCCCCCAAAUGGGUACUUUCAUGGGUGUCUACCUCCCUUGUCUGCAAAAUAUUUUUGGAGUGAUCCUCUUCCUUCGCCUCACGUGGGUUGUGGGCACAGCUGGCGUUCUCCAGGCCUUUGCAAUCGUCCUUAUCUGCUGCUGCUGUACCAUGCUGACUGCUAUCUCCAUGAGUGCCAUUGCCACUAACGGAGUGGUGCCAGCUGGAGGCUCAUACUUUAUGAUCUCCCGGGCUCUGGGCCCAGAGUUUGGUGGCGCUGUUGGCCUCUGCUUUUAUCUCGGUACCACAUUUGCGGCAGCCAUGUAUAUCCUUGGAGCCAUUGAAAUUUUUCUGGUGUAUAUUGUUCCCCGGGCUGCCAUCUUUCGCAGUGAGGAUGCUCUCAAAGAAUCGGCAGCCAUGCUUAAUAACAUGCGUGUCUAUGGCACAGCUUUCUUGGUUCUCCUGGUACUGGUGGUAUUCAUCGGCGUGCGCUAUGUGAACAAGUUUGCCUCUCUUUUCCUGGCCUGUGUCAUUGUGUCCAUCUUGGCCAUCUAUGCUGGGGCCAUCAAGUCGUCUUUUGCCCCUCCACACUUCCCGGUCUGCAUGUUGGGUAACCGCACUCUUUCCUCAAGACACCUUGAUGUGUGCUCUAAAGUCAAGGACGUUAACAACAUGACAGUCCCAUCAAAGUUAUGGGGCUUUUUUUGUAACUCAAGCCAGUUUUUCAAUGCCACCUGUGAUGAAUACUUUAUUCACAAUAACGUCACUUCGAUCCAGGGCAUUCCUGGGUUAGCUAGUGGUAUCAUUACAGAGAAUCUUUGGAGUAAUUACCUACCCAAGGGAGAGAUUAUCGAAAAACCCUCCGCGAAAUCGUCUGAUGUUCUGGGCAGCUUAAACCAUGAAUAUGUCCUUGUUGACAUCACCACCUCCUUCACGCUCCUGGUGGGAAUCUUCUUCCCCUCUGUCACAGGGAUCAUGGCUGGAUCAAACAGAUCUGGAGAUCUGAAGGACGCCCAAAAGUCCAUCCCCAUCGGCACAAUCCUUGCCAUCCUGACCACAUCCUUCGUGUAUUUAAGCAACGUUGUUCUUUUUGGUGCGUGUAUUGAAGGGGUUGUGCUCAGAGACAAGUUUGGGGAUGCUGUGAAGGGUAAUCUGGUGGUAGGCACCUUAUCUUGGCCAUCCCCAUGGGUGAUAGUUAUUGGCUCAUUCUUUUCAACAUGUGGGGCUGGACUCCAGAGCCUCACAGGUGCACCAAGGCUGCUGCAAGCCAUUGCCAAGGAUAACAUCAUACCAUUUCUAAGGGUUUUUGGUCACAGCAAAGCCAAUGGAGAACCCACCUGGGCUUUACUUCUGACCGCCGCCAUUGCAGAACUAGGAAUCCUUAUUGCCUCCUUGGAUCUUGUGGCUCCGAUUCUCUCCAUGUUUUUUCUCAUGUGUUACCUCUUUGUGAACUUGGCUUGUGCCUUGCAAACCUUACUUCGAACACCCAACUGGAGACCCCGAUUCCGCUACUACCACUGGACCCUGUCUUUCAUGGGAAUGAGUAUCUGUCUGGCUCUGAUGUUCAUCUCUUCUUGGUAUUAUGCCAUUGUUGCCAUGGUAAUAGCUGGCAUGAUCUACAAGUAUAUCGAAUACCAAGGCGCUGAGAAAGAGUGGGGUGAUGGUAUCCGCGGGCUGUCCCUCAGUGCAGCCCGGUUUGCUUUACUUCGCCUGGAAGAAGGGCCUCCACACACUAAGAACUGGAGACCUCAAUUGCUUGUGUUACUGAAACUAGAUGAAGACUUGCAUGUCAAGCAUCCUCGCCUGCUCACUUUCGCCUCGCAGCUCAAAGCAGGAAAGGGCCUCACUAUUGUGGGCUCAGUCAUUGUGGGCAACUUCCUGGAGAACUAUGGUGAAGCUUUAGCUGCCGAGCAGACCAUAAAGCAUCUAAUGGAGGCAGAGAAAGUAAAAGGAUUCUGCCAGCUGGUGGUGGCUGCUAAGCUGAAAGAGGGCAUCUCCCACCUCAUCCAGUCAUGUGGCCUUGGGGGCAUGAAGCACAACACGGUGGUGAUGGGCUGGCCUAAUGGCUGGCGCCAAAGUGAAGAUGCUCGCGCCUGGAAAACUUUUAUUGGCACAGUUCGAGUGACAACAGCUGCUCACCUUGCCCUACUGGUGUCUAAAAACGUCUCCUUCUUUCCCAGCAAUGUGGAGCAGUUUUCUGAGGGCAACAUUGAUGUGUGGUGGAUUGUGCAUGAUGGGGGGAUGCUGAUGCUAUUGCCAUUCCUACUGAAACAGCACAAGGUGUGGCGAAAAUGUAGCAUCCGGAUCUUCACCGUAGCCCAGCUAGAAGAUAACAGUAUCCAGAUGAAAAAGGACCUGGCCACCUUCCUCUAUCACCUGCGCAUUGAAGCAGAGGUGGAGGUGGUAGAGAUGCACGACAGUGACAUCUCCGCCUACACGUACGAGCGCACGCUGAUGAUGGAACAGAGGUCGCAGAUGCUCCGGCACAUGCGGCUGUCCAAAACAGAGCGUGACAGAGAGGCACAGUUGGUAAAAGACCGGAACUCGAUGCUGCGACUGACCAGCAUUGGCUCGGACGAAGAUGAAGAGACGGAAACCUAUCAGGAGAAGGUGCACAUGACUUGGACAAAAGACAAGUACAUGGCAUCGCGGGGUCAAAAAGCCAAGUCAAUGGAGGGAUUCCAGGACCUGCUUAACAUGCGGCCGGACCAUUCCAACGUGAGGCGGAUGCACACGGCUGUAAAGCUCAAUGAGGUUAUAGUUAACAAGUCCCAUGAAGCAAAGCUGGUUUUGUUGAAUAUGCCAGGGCCUCCUAGAAACCCUGAAGGUGAUGAAAACUAUAUGGAAUUCCUCGAAGUGCUCACGGAGGGCCUGGAGAGGGUCCUGCUCGUCCGAGGUGGUGGCAGUGAAGUGAUUACCAUUUAUUCAUAAUCGGCUGGAGAACUCUGCUUGACCUCACCUCUCCUAAACGCUUCUGUCCUCCAUGGAAGUGCAGCUGUUUGCUACCACUCCCAUCCAACCAGAUGCUAUGUUCUGUACACAGCACACUCAAUUCUUGAUUAGCUGAGCCUCGCGUUUUCUGCAGAACAGUGAUAAAGGGGUCUGCUGUGUGCACCCAAAUGAUCCGCUGUCCUAACAGAAGCAAAUAUUCCUUCAACGUCAGAACAAUGGUCAAAUCCUAAAAGCCAUGUCUUUAUCAGUAGAAGGCAAGCUAGAACUAACAAGCUGAACCAACAGAUGACUUGCUACGAGAUGCUAGAAUUUCAGCUGAAGACAAAGAGCAAGUACAUAACCAAGGUUAAAGCUGGGUCUCAGAAACCACGGCUUGAUGACAACACCGCAGGCCUGAUAACCUCAUCCUGCUAAAGAGAUCAGAGCCAAGUGCGAGGCUCCAUUAUAUUUGUGGAGAUGGCCCUUGGCAAACCAAGAUGGAAACAUUUUUAGCAAUUUCUUUAUUGUACCCACUGCACUCCAGGACUCAGUAAUUUUCUAAUAGGUACUACUAUUUAUGGCAGAGACAUGGCUGCAGCCUCUACUUCCUCAAAGCACCAGGCUUGCGUAUCCAGUGCGUUAGUGUAUGUUUCAGCUGUUUCCCUUAUUUCAAAACUUACACUGUGGCAGAUGUUACCAUGGGAAUUGUUUAAGGGUGUAAAUUAUUUCAGGUUCUGUUCAAAUGACUGAACCAAGGGGAAUUCCAAAGUAGCUGUUUAAGAUUUACUGAAAUGCAGUCUGGUUUUCUAUGCAAUACAGGCAAAACAUACAUCCUAUUCUCUAAGAAAUACAGGGCAUGGUGUGCACAAUCCAUAGGUUCCCCCUUACUUUCUUUGGAUGCUCUUUGUUAGCACAGGUCAAAAAUAAGGUAUGCUAGGAAGACUAGCUAAAAUUCCCCCCAGAACCUCAGACCAUCUUUUAAAGGAUGAACUCAGCAAUGGAAUUGGAAACUUUAGAGCCAUACACUUUCCAUAGUGCCAAAGUUAUUACUGAGCUGCUGCUCUCCUUACCGUCCUCACUAAAGUGGUAUGAAAUUGGCACUGGCCGGCUGCAAGGAAGUGUCUCAUGAAGAAACCCAUGGCCUCGCCUCCAAAGCCAUAGUUAGACCUCGAGGCACUCACCUAGACACACCUAGAGUCGUGUUGUCUGCUUUUCGGUUUUAUUCCUCAAUUCUGACUACACAAACUGGGCUCUGACCUAAGACGUUAUCCGGUCUUUGGCAAUUUUUCUUUCUUUUUUUCAAAGUUCUAAACGUGCCAAGGAAACACUUGUGCAAGCUCGGCUUUUUAACUACUACACUGAUCAGACAUCUGGUUUAGAGGCAGAAGGCAACUCCCUCUGUUCUGUGUGGCUGAGCAGGCCACAUAUUUAGAGAAACUCUACAUGGAUGUUUUUGAAUUUUGCUCUGUUAAUAAUAAUAAAGUGCCAAUCUUUGAUUGCCCAAUAGGAUUUAGAGCAAACUGACCUGUAGGUAUCACAGAUUAUUAAUCUGACCCAUAAGAACAAGGAAAAUCCUUCAUUAUUGUUAAAGAAACUGAGUUAACUCUCUUAACCUCCAAACCCUCAGGGUAGCAGAGCAGACAGGCUCAUUUUUCUGUUCCUUCAGGAUAAGGUAGAAACAUUGUUUAGCACUGAUUGUAACACCCCAUUGCUUAGCUGGGGUACAGCAGCAGCAAGGGAUCAGCGCCCCCUAGGACCUCAGAUCUUACAGAUCACCACGGCCAAGGUCAGCCUGACCAGGAAUUCCCCAGCAUUUAGACACACACCCUGGCCAGAGGACAAGUAUGAGCAUAAAUAAGGCUAGUUUUAGGACAGCUAUUCACGGUCAGAACUCUGUAUUUUAAAGGGAUAAGGGAAUCAGUGGCUGUUAAGAUAGCCACUACUUCAACCCCUAAAACACAAAAUCACUGUUACAUGGAAAAAAGGUUAUUGGGCCAGACUUACCCUCAUCUCUGUCUAGAGCAUUUCAUGAUUGUGUUGCUUAUGUUGUCUGCAAAGUGUCUCGUCUCCUAAUCACUGCAAAUAAAGCAAUACUGAAAACUCAGUGAGAGAAUGCACCUUAGGGGAAGGGGCUUUGUGUUUCAAGAGGGAAGAGAACAAAGACCUCCUGCCUUUGGAGUAAGAUCCAGCUUGCACGUCUUUGACGACUUCACCAGGGCAGGCUGUGGUGUCUCCGUGGUCCUGCUCGCCCUCUGCCUCCCACAGCUGCUUAAAAGCCGAAGGUGGAGCUGCAGCAUCUGCUCCAUAGGUGCCAGUUCCCUCUCGGCAGGCAGGUCACCGCUCUGUACCUUCCAUUGCCUCAGGCUCCUGUGGCCCUUGGAUCCCCCAAAGCCUCAUUUCCCCCUAAACAUGUUAAAAUCCCUUAUUGUGGGUAUGAAAAUAACAGUUACACUGUAAGCAUAUUGACAUGCUUUUUGUCUGGUUUAUUUUCCUUUUCAUCAUGUAUUAUCUGAAUUGAGCAUUAGUUUCUUUCACAUGUGUCUCCAACAGAAUUUUUAUAUCCCAGCUUGUGUUAAAUAGGAGUGAAAUAUUAAGGAAAAUAAAGUUGUGCAACAUUUUUAAAAGCAUUGUUCUCAAACAUUUAAUUUAUUGAAAGGAGAUGCUGCUCUAGCUAUUGAUUUAGCAGCAACUGUUCUUUUGUUUACAUAGAAUUCUGGUCAUGUUGUUUUGCUCUGUACUGGAAACAUAAAUAAAGUUUUCUACAUUAUUUUCA